AUGAUUUCUUAUUUUGUACCAAUUGAAAAAGUUUAUACAAAAACAAUAGACAAAAUACAUUGGACUAGUUUAUAUGCAAUUUCUAUAUCUGUUGCUUUUUUUGUUGUUGAAAGAAUUAUUGCUUUAAUUUUUGUUAAAACAUAUGAACAUUUUAACAAAAAUUUACCAAUUUUAGGGAUGGUUUUUUCAAUUAUUAGUUGGUCUGUUAGUGCAUCUUUUCAACUACUUUAUAAAUUUAAAAUAGUAAAUGAUUUUCAUACAAUCUUAUUUACAGGAUCUCUUCAAAUAAUUAUUAUUAUAUGUUAUGUUCUAUUCUUCUUCUAUAAAAUAUUUAAAUUAAAAAAAAAUAUAGAUCAUAGUUUAUCAAAACGUUAUCAAGAAGAAGAGAAUCUUAAAUCAGCUUCUCUUCUUAAGUAUAUUUUAUCAUUUACUGUUCUUGCAGCUACAUACAAUAUUGUAUUUUAUAUUAUUUAUGUAAGAUAUAAUUUUUAUAAAUAUGGCGGUGGAUUUUCAUUAUUAACAUUUCAAGUUCCUCAAUUAAUACAAGUAAUGACAACGGCAAUUGUAAUAUUAAUACAACAAAGAGUUUUUUAUCGUAUAUUUAUAAAAAUUGCUAUUAUUUUAUGUAAAUCAAAUAAAGUAUGUAUUGAAGAUAAGCAUUAUUCUCUACAAAAAAGUAGAAUAAACGCUAUUGAUUUAAGUGGAAAUUCAGAAAGAACUAAUGUUUAUUUUAAUUCACUUCAAAGUGUUUGGAAAUUAAAUAAAACAACAUAA